UACUAUUAACAAUAAACAUUUAUUUUUCCUAUAUUAUGAAAAUUAUUAGAUAAUAUGAAAUUUAAAAUGAAUAUAUGUGAUUUAUUUCUUAAUAAUCAGAAUUGGAACAAACCUUAAGCAAUUAGAGCUCUGCCUCAAAUAUUUACAUCCUGGGGGGUUAUUCAUACUUUUAGGGAUUUACUUCCCACUACACUCUCAUAUCAUAAUGUCAGACAUCUGACACUUGACUGAGUCCUUUAAAGGUUCCUGACCUGAAAUCCCAGAAUAAUAUUUAUUGAUAGAUUGAUAGAUAGGUACAUACAAAAAUACACACAUAUAUGCAUACAUGCAUGUACACAUAAGUGCAUACUAAAUGGUUAGGUUUGCUAAAGUCUUACACACCCAUAUUCCACUCAUAGGAUAUUCAGUUUAUGAAAAAAGCAGAAUGGUAUGGUAGAAACCACUUUUUAGUAAGUCAGGGGGACUCAACCCUACUUCUGUUCUCCCAUGACUGCUCAUUCCUACUAAGGCCAGAAUAUACUACUUUUAAUUCUAUUUCAUUAAAAGGUUAUAAAGAAUAUUAUUGUGAAUUAGUGGAAUUAUCCAAGAAAAUAAAAAUAGAUGACUUACAUAUAUCAUUGUGAUGUGCCAAUAUAAUAUAAUAAAAUAAUAUUAUCUAAAUAAAUGUAUAGACUUCAUAUAGAACCAAUGAAUCUACCAGGUGAGUUGGUUAUUUUAUAGUAUUAUAGAAAAUAAUAGCAAAAUUCAUUUUAGGAGUGUUUGUGAGGGAAUAGUCCAUUUAUACUUUGUUGGUGGAUCUUUGCAAUGGUAUUUUGGAAUCAUUUUGAAAACCAAUUUGUAAUUAUGCAAAUGAAGUGACUGGAAUGUCUGUACCUUUGAACUAGAGACUCUAUUACUGGGCUUAUUCUCCAAGGAAGCCAUAAAUAAAAAGAAAGUCUCCAUGUACUCCAAAAUAUUGAUUCCUUCCUUUUUUAUGAUAGCUAAGAAUUAGAAGCAAAGUAGAUGUCCACCAACUGGGGAAAGGCUAAAUAAAUUGUAUUACAUAAAUGUAAUGGAAUAGAAAUGUGUCAUAAAAAUUGUGUGCGGAAUACAUGGAAGCAUGAAAUUGUUACAGAGUGGAGUAAUCAGAGUCAAGAAAAUGAAAUGUACAGUGACUAUAACAACAUGAAGAACAAAUUCCAAAAUGUCAUAGAAAGAAGUUAUGAUCAAAACAAUUUGAAACUGGUAAAAACACAAAGAUAGAUUAGUAAAUGAGCAAAUGAAGUAAUUUGAGUAAUAAUUGAAUCCUAAUUAAUAAGGGGUUCAAUUCAAUUCUAUAGGUGAUUACUAAGCACUUCAUGAUGUUCUGGUAAAUGUUUAACAAUGAACUUCAAAGGAGAAAAAUAUCUUCAUGGCAUUCUUUUAAGUUUAAUCUUCACUAUUAAUAUUUCCACAGUCACUUUCAUAAGCCUAGACAACCAACAACCCAAUAAAUGACGUCCUAAUUUGUAGCAUGUAAAGAUUUUUGAGGUAAAAAUUCUAACAUUGAUAAUUUAACAACCAGCUCUCCUGAGUCAGAAUAACCUGAUUCCAGCAAAAUCCUAAAAUAAUACUAAGGCUCAAUGCUAAAUAAUGGGAAUACAAAGAUAAAAAUGAAGUAGUCCUUGAUAUCAAGGGUUUUAUAUUCUACUGACUGAAGUAGCCAUAAUGCAGAAUAUGUUAACUGACCUAAGCCUUAAAAGAAGACAGGUAAAAUCAACAAGCACCUACUAUGUGCAAGGUACUGUACCAAGUGUUGGUGAUACAAACGAAGACCUAAGAAAACAAAACAGAACAACAGCGACAACAAUAAAAAAAGUCCUUUUGCCCAAGUAGCUGAGUCUAACCAGGGAGACAAUACACAAACAGUUAUGAGUUUUAAAAAAAGAGAAAUUAGAGGUAGUACAGAAUAGAAAUAACAAAAUCAACUAGAAACAAUCCACAUAGCAGCAGCCCUAGCACUAAAGGAUAUGGUAGAAGAUCUCUGGCAGAAGGUGGCAUUUUAUCUGGAACUCGAAGGAGCCCUGGAGAUGGUGAUAAGGAAAGUCUCAUGAAAUGCCUAGCCUGAGGUCACUUGUGUAAUAAGCAUCCACAGAUAUGAAAGAUGAGUUCAUGGUAGCAUAGGAAAUUACCUUCAAUAUAGAGACAGAAUUCAAACCAACAAGCAUUUAUUAAGUGACUACUAUGUACCAGACACAACAACUGAAGUUUUUUUUUUAAAGAUCUCAUUCUCAAGGAGCUUCCAAAAUAAUGAAAAGAGAUGAAGAGGAUUAAAAACCAAGUCAUGGAGGAGAUAUACACUAAUGAGAUAGAUGAUGAUCCAGGCAAGGAUUCAGGGAAGAUGUGUUUAGACUGGAAUGAGAAGAACAAGAUGUAUAAUAUCAUAAACAACCAGGUGCCACUAAAAGCAUGACCUGAUUUCAUGUUUGGAGUUUGUUUUAUAGCUAGUGAUCUAUCUGGAUGUGAAUAUAGAUUGACAUUUGUCCUCUUCAAAUCUUUUCCUUUAACUUCUCUAGUUUCAGACCAGGCAAUUAUCCUGUGCCCACAAUUUUUCUCUUGUUUUAUUGGAUACAGUAGUGGGAUUAGCAAAGAUACGCUGACCUGCUCACUAUUCAUUAUGAAAAUUAUUUGAUCUAUCUUGGACUUCAGGGAAAAUUCAGUAGGAGCUGUGUAAUUAGAGAAUAUAAGCAUCACCUUAAUUGUUCCUUCAGGUCCUCAUUUGAGUUUAAGUUUAAAUUGAUAUCCCAAAUGUCCACUAGAGGUGACGUAGAGAAUGUCUAGUUCUGGUCAUAAAUCUCAAGGAUUUUCCACUUCUAGAUUAUUUAUUCCUUGACUAGCUACCAUUUCAGGUUCUUAUUUGCUCUUCCUAAUUGUUAAUUCUUCAUGACAACAUAAUGAAAAUGCUUUUACUUUGGAAUAGGGAGAGAGUUUCAUGGUCUAGAGGAAAUGGUCAAAAUGAUUUUUUUUCAUGUAAGUUGUACCUUCCUACAAUGAUUAGAUAUUUAUUCUAUCUAAAGUUUUUAUUUAACAUUUUUAAUGAAGCUCUUUCAGGUGAUAAUGUUGGAAAAUGUCAUUUUUGUUUGGUAUUGUGGAAAGAUUAAAUUAAUUUAAAUUACAGGUGUUGGAUUUGAUUGUUGGUUUUUCAUUUCUGAGUUAUAUGUAUUGAGGAAAGACAUCUAGACUAAACCAGAAAAAGAAAAUGGGAAUACUGAGAAAAAGAGUAACUCAAUUACAGUCUGCUUGUUUUAAAACAAACCUAGCAAUGUGUUGCAAUUGUUUGCUUUUAUGUCAUUAAAUGAGAAAUAUUUGAGAAAUGUGAACUAUCCUCAGGAUUUUUUUUCUGCAGAACUUUAUUUUUAAUGCUUCAGUCAAUGUAGGACAAAUGAAAAAAUUACUGGGGACAGCCAGUAGAAGUAAACUUAGGGAAUUCAAGUUGAAGGACUAAAGACAGGGGGAAAUUUAGCCACAGGCCCUUCCUUUUAUCCAUAAAAUGAAGACAUUUUAUGAGGAAAGUAUAUGAUAUAUUAUCCACUCUGAACCUCAGUUUACUCAUCAGUGAAAUAAAAAUAAUAUGCUACAUAUCACAGAAUUUUGUGAGGAAAGCUCUUUGCAAACUAUAAAUUUCAUUGGUUCUUUUUAUAAUCAUGAUGAUGAUGAUGAUGAUGCCCUUCUGGAUUAUAUAGGUCUAUAAGGGGAAAUCUUCAAUUGUUCCUCUAUUGACUUUGUAUUUAUGGUUGAAUGAUCACAGAUAUUCAAAUUUGAUUUCUUUUAAGCACACUCAUGAUAUCCUUUCAGCGAGGAACUUUUCUCUAAUGGUUCUCUUUAGCAAAAGCUUAUUGAUUUAUAUUCUUAAAGAGUUGCCUGGAGCAUUGGGAGAUUUAAGUGACUAGCUCAGGGUCAUAUACCAAAUCUUUGUCAAAGGAACCCUGGCCUUCCUGACUCUUAGGAGCCAGCUCCCAAUCCACCAUGCCAAAGUUUUUCCAGAUACUUAUUUAAUUCAUAAAUGCUAAAUAUAGGAAUAAAGUUUCAUCAUAGUAUUUUACUCUAGAAUUUACAAAGUGCUUUUCUUGUCACUAUGAGAAAUGGUCUCUCUGAUUAUUAUGAUUCUCGAUUGGUUGCCCAUUUACGCUGAACCUGACAAAUCAAUUUACAUUGGCAUAGUUUCAUUUAUUGUCUCAUAGUAAUAACAUGGUCAUAAUGGAAUUAUGCUUCUCAAUUAGAUUUUCAUACAACAACCCCAGUAAGGCAGCUUAUAUCAGUACAAACCAUCUUUAUAAUUUAUAAUAAUUAAUAAGGACUUGUAAGGGACAGAAAAUGAUCAUUUUCUAAACAAUGGAGGCAUAAACACAUAGCAUGUUAAAAUAAAAAAAAAAACCAACUAUUUUAUACUCAUUCAGGAAUGCACAUUUAUUUAUUUAUAUAUAUGCACAUUUUAUUUAUUUAUUUUAAACUUUCAUCAUUUGUUAACUUUUGGGGAAUGGCUAGUCCUUUUUUCUAUAAUUCGCAGUUUUGUUGAUUUCAAACACAGAACCAAACAUAUAUACAUACACCUUCUAUGAUCCCAAAUGUAUUUGCCUUAUUUUCAACACUAUUUUAUUUUUUCUUGCUACUUAUAGUACUCAAAUCCUGACCUAAAAGGUUAUUAUAUCUAGGAAAGCAGAAAAAUUGGACUGGGGUGAUGGCGAAAAAAGAAGGCUGCUUUUAAAUGGCUUAACAAAAAAUACUAAUUCUUCAUUCUGAGCCUGCUUUAGAGUAUCAGAGAAAGUGAGGAAAAGAGAGACCUCUAGACUAAUGGAAUUUUCAAUAGCUGUAGCUUAGGGUGAUUGUCUUGAGAGAAGGGAUAGGAAACUGAUGACAUCUUUGAUGAAGAUCUUGGCUUUAAAUAAUUUCAGAGUCCUUUGCAACUUCCUCUUUGUGUCUCUAUGUUCCCUUCUAUUUUGUGUGACCCUAGAGGCAUCUUAGGUGGAGACCAUACAGAUAGCGGCUUGUAGUCUAGACACACCAAACACUGAGAACUUAAAGUCAUGAUGACCCCUUGCUUAACAUCAGUUCUGAUUCUAUCUUUCACCCACUGAGUAUUCCUUUGUGUUCCUCAUUGUCAGAGAUCAUGAAAUGCUGACCACAGGCCAGAAUGAAGGAUGGUAGCUCCCUGACUCACAUGGGAGACAAAACACCUUUAGCAUUACAUUAUUAUCAGAAGGUAGCAAAUAAGGUUCUGAGAAAUGAAGUUGUUUUUACCAAAUUCAAGGUCAAUAAGUGAUCAUGGAAUAACUGGAAGAGUUAGAGGCAAUGUUUGACAUAAUGACUGUCAGCCAGUCAACAAAUUAUUGAUCAUUUACUAUUUUAUAAAGACUAGAUAGUAAUUGCUCCACACCAGAAAAACCUGACAAGGGGUCAGUAAUAUUGACAGUAUUCCUCCCUCCUCCCAUAAAAGCACACAGAGUGGAGUCACCAGACAGUAUUUAUCUGUAGUAGAAGACAGUUAAAAGGCAGUAGGUAUUCUCAAAGGUCUCUUUGAUCAAGAUGUUUGUCAUCAGUUAUUUGACUGAAUAUACCAAGUCAAUUAGCAUAAAUGUAGGUAAAAGCCUGGCUAUUUCUCUACCAACCAGAAUGACUUCUGGAGGGCCUUUUUUCUUACUUUAAUGUCAUAGAUUGUAAAAUACAUUGCUGAAAUAAAGUCCCUUUUAUUUUAUGAUUCAAAAAGAUUUUAAUUUAUAUAAUCCUCAUUAAUAAUGCUUCUGCUGAUACUGUUAUUAUUCAUUUGGUUAGUUAUCCUGCAUAUACUUAGUUGCUAUUAUUUUCUAGGCAUCUAGCUAGCCACUGAGCAUACAAAAUAUGAAAAUUCUGCAGGGGAUUCAGCAUUUUUCUGAAAGUAAUAGAGAAGACAAUGUCUUCUGAAUGCCAUGUCUUAUAGGUAUUUGAAUAAAAGAUUAUUGAAUCCAUGGAAGCUGAUGAGGUCAUUUUCUAUGGGGGAAAAAAAGAACCAAGAAUAGAACCUUGUAGUACAACCACAACUAGAGGUCAUGGAAUAGAUAAUUAUUUAGCAAAGAAGAUUGAGAAAGCUCAGACAAUUAGGAGAAAUUGGAGAGAAUAAUGUCAUAAAAGUCCAAAGAGGAGAGAUAAUCCAGGACAAGAGAGUGGUCACUAAUUUCAAAUGGUACAUAGAGAUUCAGAUGGGUCAGGAUUGAGAAGAACUCAUUAAACUUGGUAAUUAAAACAUUAGUCAUAAGUUUGGGAAGAGCAGUUUUAGUUGAGUGAUGAAAUCAGAAGCCAGAUUACAAAGGACUAAAAAAUUAGUGAGUGGAGAGCUAGUGAGGACACUUAAUAUAUAUAGCUUUUUAAAAGAUGUUUGAGUGAGAGCAUAAGAUACAGGAUGAUAAUGGAUAUUAGAAUCUGGUACAGAUUGUUUAAAAAUGGAUAAACAGGUGGGCAUGUUUGUAGGCAGCAGGAAAGGACCCAGGAGGUAAAAAUUAAAUAUUUAAAAAGGAAAUGAUAUUAAAGGCAAUCUCCUAGAGAAGACCGGGUGGGAAGAAAUAGAAUCAAGGACUUGUGUAGAAUUGGCCUUCGUCCAUCUCUUCCCAGACAGUGGAAUAAAUGAAAAAAUAAAAGAACAUACUAAUAGAGGUUCAUACCAAUUGUUCAUGCCUGAUCCUUAACUUGGAAAACAAAGGAUAAAGGCUGAGAAGUAGAGGGGAAAAGAAAUGAAAGAAGUGGUGUCAGUUUUCUUAGUAAAAUUUGUCAUAAGAUUCUCAACUGAAAUCGUGAAUCAAAAGAGUUCAAUAGGAGGUUUGAAGAGGCAAUAGUAGAUUUGGACUAACCAUUUUAAUGAAUGAGAUAAAAAUCUGUUAGGAAGGAUUCAGAGAAUUACCUUGCUUCAGUAAUUUCCUAAUUAAGAUCCAGUAACAUAAAUCUGUAGUGUACUCUAUCAAUAUAAUUCCAUUAUUGCCUUCAACUUCAUUCACCAAUCUAUAUGUAAAAACAGAGAAGAUAUAAAGUAUAAUUGGCUCAAAGUUGGAACUUGACAUACCCUGAAGAGCAAGAGAACAAAGAAGCAAAUGAUUUGAGAGCAGAAGAUAAUGCAAAAUAUUACUGAUUACUUAAGGGAUUAAAAUUGGAAAAGGAAUAACAUAUAGCCACAGCUAAAGCAAUGGCUUGGGAAAUUAUUGAAGUGCAGAGAGAUUGCAGCUUGUGAUGAGGAUAAAGAAUAGUUUUAAGACGAAUAAAGGAUAGUGAGAGAUGUACUAAUAGACUAUCAUAAUCAGAUAAAUACUUUCAAAGUUGAUCAUCAUAGAAGUGGGAAAUUUUGAGUGAUGACAACAUUGAGACUGUGUCGAUCCCUGUAUGUAGCCAAGGUAUAGUAUAGGAUAUUGAAUAUUGGUGUUGGAUAUUGAAUAUAUUGAUGAACUAGUUAGUCAGAAUAUUUCAAGUAACAUCAACUUGUAAAUUCAAGUUCUCUAGUUCAAGAACAGUAGCUGGAGGUAGGAAACUAUAAGCCAAGAAUGGUAUACAUUGGUGAAAGAGGGAGAAUGUCCUUUAGUCCGUAGAUAAUAGGUAUCAAGAUUUAGAAUGAGUGAAAAAGUUGAGGGAAAAUUAAAGGAGGUGAAGUUGCUAAGAGAUGGCAGUAGGGGAUGUCUAGAAGUAGCAAUAGAGAUCAAAGAGUAUUCUACUUCUGUCUCCAGGAUUAUUAAAUUGAGGAUAUGAGAAAGUAUAAUCAAUAUAGGAAAAGAUGAGUAAGGAUGCAUUAUCAUCUCAUAAAGCUAGAGUUCAGUGAGAAUCAGAAUGUGGAAGCAGAAUAAGAAGAAGCCUAGAAUGAAGCAGUUGGUAAAAUAUAGUGUGGGAACUCCAAAGGGUAUAGUGGAUGAUGUGGGCAAAUAUCAAGAAAGAAAUGGGACAUUUGUGGAAGUAGCUUUUAAGUGUUUAGGGAUAAUAAACAACGGGGUAUUGGGAAUGGGGGGUUUUCUUUGCAAUAAGUGGUAUCAUAUCCUGGUGGUUUGGAGAAUGAGAAGUGUAGAAGGUUUUGAACAAUAAGAGAAUUAAUUCCACGUAAGAAUAAUGGACAGGGCUGCACUGAUGAAAGCAAAUGAGUAGAAUAUUCAAAGUCUCUCUGCAGACCCUUUAUCACUUACAAUUUGGUGUUUCUGGUCCAGAAGAGGAUCUUGCAUCAAAGUAUCAUAAUGUUCAAGGGUUCCAGUAUUCUUAUAAACAUGUUUUUAAGAGUAUAGAUUGAGUAAUAUUUAAUACUAAUAUACAUAUAUUUUUUUGCAUCUUGCAGUAGAUCAUAAUGAAGCAAAUGAAAGGAAAUGAAAUUGCUGGGACUUUCUCGAUUUAAUGCAGAUUUCAACUGCCCUAAUGGCAACUAUGAAUCAGACAUUAGUCACUGAGUUCUUUAUAAAAGGAUUUUCAGAAGCCCCUCACCUUCAGUCCUUGUUCUUUGUUUUGUUCCUCUCCCUCUAUACAGUGGCCCUUUCAGGGAACAUCCUCAUCUUUGUUACAAUCAGUUUUAACCCAGCACUGCACACACCAAUGUAUUUCUUCCUGAUCAAUUUAGCCAUGGUUGAUGUCCUCUGCACCUCCACAAUUCUUCCAAAAUUACUGGAGAACGUGGUAAGUGUGAAGACCAUUUCCUAUGAAGGCUGCAUGACCCAGCUUUUCUUCUUCACAUGGUCUUUAGGGGCUGAGGUGCUGCUCUUCACAGCUAUGGCUUAUGACCGAUAUGUGGCCAUCUGCCAUCCGCUUCACUACAGCACCAUGAUGAGUAAGAGAGUCUGUAUGCUGUUAGCCACUGGUGUUUGGAUAAUCAGCAUCAUCAAUACUAGUGUACACACCUGCCUAAUGAUGAAACUGACUUUCUGCCACUCUAAUGUAGUCAACCACUUUUUCUGUGAGAUCCCCCCCUUACUCAAGCUCUCCUGCACCCCUACUUACCUGAAUGAAACCAUGGCCUUCACAGCAGAUGUGAUCCUAGGGGUGGGGAGUUUCAUGAUCACGAUGCUUUCCUAUGCCUGCAUUAUCUCCAGCAUUUUGAAAAUCCGCACCACUGAGGGCAAAAAGAGAGCCUUCUCUACUUGCUCCUCCCACCUCAUUGUGGUCAGCAUGUAUUACAGCACCGUCAUUUACACGUAUAUUCGGCCAUCUUCCAGCUACUCAUUGGAUAAGGAUAAAGUCGUAUCUGUGAUAUACACUUCAGUGGCUCCCACCCUCAACCCUCUCAUUUAUACGUUAAGGAACAAAGAAGUCAAAGUGGGACUCAAGAAAGUGUUCUUGUUCUUUAGGAGAUGAUGAGCCCUUGAGUCUUCUGUUGCUGUGAUUGAGGAGACUUCCAAAGACUUUCUAGUUAACCUGACCCUAUUAGGAUUUGGACAGAGCCAAGAAUUACUAAUACCAAAAUCUCUGUAUCUGAUUGUCUUCCAGGCCAUGUUUUGGACUCUCAGGAAUGUUGCUGUGCUUCCUAAAAGGACUUUUAUUUACUGCUCACAUGCUUCUCUGAAUUUGGAAUUUGGGUCCAACAGUGGUCUGCUUAAUGAUGUUUUUCCUCUACUUGAUAUUAUGUAACAUGAUGUUAUUUGCUGAAACAAGUAGAACUUUGAAGCCUUUACCAAAAACAACUGAGGUCAAAUGGGAAUAAGAAACUUCCUAUUGCAAUAGUAGUUUCAUUUAUUGAUUAAAUCCUAAUAAGAGCUUCAGUGACUGAUGGAAAGCGCCCUCUUGUGGUGAUGAAGGAGUGGGAUACAGAGUGUAUUCAGCUGUAGUCCUGGUAGGCUAUGCUACUUGUUAGUCAACAAGCAUUUAUUAAACACAUAGCAUGUAUCAGAUACUGUGCUAAGCACUGAGGAUACAAAAAAAGACAAAAAUGCAAGUCCUGUUUGCAAUGAGUUCUCAUCAACUGUCACCCAACCUUUCUCUGUAUCUGACUGGUUUUACUAGGAGAGAGAGGAAGAGGGAAGUGGAGAGAGAGAGAGAGAGAGAGAGAGAGAGAGAGAGAGAGAGAGAGAGAGAGAGAGAGAGAGGCAUAUACACAGUGACAGAGACAGAUAAAGAUGGUGCCUCAAUAAAAUUGUCAGCCACCUAUUCCCUAUGGGAUCCUGGGUAACUCACCUUUUCUCAAACUCAUUUUCAUACUCUAUAAAGAUAGAAAAUAUUUAUUUUGCCUAUCUCACAGAAGUGUCAGAAGAAUCAAAAGAGCAAAACCAUUUUGACACACACUCUCUCUUUUGAUCUUCAUAACAACCUUACAAGGAAAAGUACUGUCCCAUUUUACAAUGGGAAAAUACAGGCCCAGAAAUAUUCUGUGACUUGAAUAAAGCUACAAAGUAACUGAGUGGUAUAGCUUACAAUAGGGUCUUUU